AUGCCCACUGGCACCAAGCCGCCCGCCCUGCAGGGUUCCCGGGGGCAGCCCCCCAGGAGAGGGCUCGGUGCCUACAGGGGCCGGGAGAGCCAAGGGCAGGUGCCCCUGCCUGUGCCCAGGGGGCUGCCCCAUGGCCGCAGCUCCAGCCCCGCGGAGCCGGGCCCUCCUCCCCUCGGAGCGGUGCGGCUCGGCUCGGCUCGCUGCUUCGCCCGCCUCCUCUCCCCGAAACCCGCCGCCUCCCCCACGCAUGCUCCCAGCUGCACUAGCCGGCAGCGCCUGGAACAGCGGUGCGGGGCGGCGCGUCUCCCCGAGCCGGACGCGGGGCCGGGGCUCCCCGGGGUCCCGCAGGGCCGCACGCCAGGCGGUGGAGUAGCAUGGGAGAGCCCCGGCCGAGGCAUGGGCAGCACUGAGGAGCCAGAGACCCUGCAGCUGCUCGCACAGGAGGGGGCGGCUGAGGACGCGACGAGCGGCUACCUCCACCACUCCCGCUGUGGGGCCGGCGCGCUGGCCAUGAGGAACUGCUGCGGCACCGAGCCCGGCGGCACCGAGCCCGGCGGCCAAGGCAGCACAGAGAGCCGAGCCGAGGCCCCCGCCAUGGCCCAGCAGUCCUCGCCGGAGCCCGCGGCUGGCGGCCGGGCCUUGGCUCUCAAGGGCCCCGGAGCAGGAGCGGGGCCGUUGGAAAAGGGGGCCGAGCGAACGCCUGUUGCCAGCUUGGGACAGAACGGCGAGCGGAGCUCGGGCCCCUUGACGCGGCCCGAUGGCUCCGUCGUCCCUCAGGGCCCUCCAACGGGAGUGGGCACUGCCGUGGCCAGCCCGGGGCCAUGCCUCAAGGGGCACAGCAAGGACCCACCUUGCGCCCCGGCCGCUCUGAAACACGUUGCAUUUCUUGAACCAGCCAACACAGACCCUGAGCCAGAUGGUGCCGGAGUCGCAGCGGUCAGUCCGGAGCUGGGUCCGGUGCCUCGCAUGUGCCCGCAGGACCGAAGCCAAGAGCAGUCUGGGGCCUCCAAGGGAGCCGUGUCCCGCUGGAGCGUGGGAGCCCCCGGCGCAGCGCCAUUGUCCGAAGACGGCGUGGCCACGCCCUGUGGACAUGCUGGUGGGAAAGCACCUGCGUCUCUGGCAGAGCCCAAGGCCCAGCUGGGACCCCCAGCUGCCCCAGGGGUAGGGGGCAACAGGGACAUGGCGCUUCCUUCUCCAGAAGGGACCAAGGAAUCCACCCCGGGAACAGAAGCAGCGUCAGCCCGAGCCAAGGAGACCAGUCCCCCUGCCCCUCUCUCCAUCCAGAAAGCCGCGCCAGAGGCCCCCUCUGCUGCUGCUCCCAGCAAGUCCGGGGAGAGCCGGGCGGCUCCAGCUGAGGCCAGAGGGGGACGCGUCCUGCCCCAGAGCACUGCGGAGGGAAGCCCAGUUCAGGAGCCGCGACGAGCAAUGGGGACGGAAGUGGGGCCUGGGGAGGAGGCUGCCCGGGAGCCCCGGACUGUGGAGCUGCUCUCCAAGACCUACUCGUUUGAGGUCACUCCUCCCCCGCAGGACGCUGGGACUCAGGACACCGGGACGCAGGUCGGCAGCCGAGUGUCGCUGGUGUCCGUGGCCAUCAGCCCCAUAAACCCCCCGGACGGGUCCUCGGCCUUCACUUUCCACAGCCGGGGCCAAGGCCCCUCGGGCCUGAAGAGCCCGGGCCCGGAGCUGAAGCCCUCCAAGAAGGACGCGGAGAUGCAGGUCUCCAUCCCAGUGGAGACCAGGUCUGUGGCCACGGGGCCCAUGACGCCGGUGGCCAAGUCUCCCCAGGCGUCCUACCCCGAGGUGCGCGUGAAGGGGGCGCAGGAAGAGCCGCCCGAGCCCAUCCGGGAAGUCAGCUGGGACGAGAAGGGGAUGACGUGGGAGGUGUAUGGCGCCUCCAUGGAGGUGGAGGUGCUGGGCAUGGCCAUCCAGAAGCACCUGGAGAAGCAGAUCGAGGAGCACGGCCGGCAGGUGGUGCUGACGCCACAGAGCACCCGGGCCAGCUCCAUCAAGGGGGCGCCGCAGAAGGGGGAAGUCAAGCGGCCGCCCAGCAUGUUCCGGGCGCUUCUGCAGAGUGUGCGCCAGCCCCGCUGCUGCUCCCGGGCCGGCCCCGCCGCGGAGUGAGGCAGCCGCUCGCGCCCUGGCGGGCUGGGAACGGCAGCCCAGCCCAGGUCGUGGGGUUUCUCAGGCAAUCCCGGGGGCUGGGGUCUCACCCCUCUGGCCCCAGGCUCAGCAGCUCCAAGCACUUGGACCCCACGGUCCCCUGCUCACCCAGCCCAGACACUGGCCACACUGCCCCGCCCCGAGCUGCACGCCUGGGCAGGGUGCGGCGUGCAGAGACUUCAGGCCCCAGCAUGCAAUGCUCACCCAGCGAUGUCUGGUUCCAUUGAGAUGGAGCACUGCAUGCUGGGACACGUAAUCCCCACAUGCUGCACCGUGGUCUGCAGGAGGGGUUGCUGAGAUCUGGGGUCAGGGUGCAGCUGACACAGCCGUCCCUCUGCUGGACAACAUCUGGGCACCCCUGGGUGGGGACUGGGGUUUGUGCAGUGAAGCCCGUGAUGGGAAGACCAGAAGAAAAGCGGAAGGGGUGGAGGUGGUUGCGGACCAGCCCUUGGGAGCGUGUCUGGCAGGGGGCCGGCUCCUUGCCUUUCUCCCGGUCACAAGCUGAGUUUCCCAAAGCACAAAACAGCACUGGCUACCUUAAAGUCCCACAACCCAGGUCCUAAGGUCUGGCUCCCUGGACAGCGCCCGGUGCCUGGAGCUGAGCCCUGGCCGAGCCAGAGAGUCCCGCUGCCCCUUGUGCGUUCUGGGGAAACUCCAGCUUCCCGUCAGCCUGGGCGGCUGGAACCAGCCGCGCUCUGCCGCCCUGCAAAGCUGCAGUCCUGCUCCGAGCCAGGCGCCCGCUGUGCCAGGCUCCCCGGGGAGGUGGUGGAAGCUUUGCAGUCAGGCUGGCCUGGGCUGGCUUUGCCGGCGCUCAUGUAUCGGACUGUGGUUUGGAGAGACAAACUCCGGCCUCGCUCCGGGUCCCAAGAGGCUCCUGGCUCUGCAGCUGCUGUCACCGACUCCCACCCUCGACUGAGCUCAAAGCUUUGCAGACGGGUGUCCUCCCCACGCUGGCACGGGGAGGCAGCCUGUAGCCCUCUGCCCCAGCUCAGCCCCACCCUCCCCACACAGGCCACGGUGCCAAGGCCACAAACCAAGCCAAUUGCCUGAGAAACCCAGACCGCUGGGCAACGUUCAUGUCCUGUCUGGGCAUCCUGCGUGUGUGUCUGUGGGGCCUUGCGUCUCAGUGUGUGCAUGUGUCUGUGUGUGUGUCUCAGCGUGUGCGUGUGUCUGGGUGUCCCUGCGGGUCCCUGAGUGUGCAUGUCACUGCGUGGGCAUAUGUGGGUCCCUGCGUGUGCGUGUGUCUGUGUCCCCCUGCAUGGGGGCGCAACCGUGCAUCUCCCUGUGGGUCUGCGUGUCUCUGCGUUGGGGUGUGGCCGUGCGCCCCUGAAGUCCACGUGGUUUUCAGAUCACAAAGGGGUUUGUUGGCACUUUUCACGUUCGGGGUUUUUCAGGGGAGAUUUUAUUGAACUGUGUUUGAAUUUUCUGGCUUUUUCAAGGACUCGCGCGGCGGCGUUUCCCCCCAGAACCGCUUGCUCCGGUGGCGUGAGGAGCCGUUUCCUUUUCUUUCCUCUUCUACAAACUUCCUUCAUGGUGGGAUUUCGUGGUUUGUCUCUGGAAACAAACCGGGCAGGCUGAGCUCAGCCGAGCGCCAGGGUAUGUGAGGGGGGGAGUCACAGCUUCCAGGACACACCCCGGCCAGAGCUGGGGGCAGCACCAGCCCCUGCUGCUCCGACAUUCACCCUGGCGAAGCCCACGCCGCAGUGGGGCUGGGGACAGAGCCUGCUGGUGGUUCCUGUGUAAAGACCUCAAACCCCUGUCCCCCCGGCUGCUUGGGCCUCUGCCCUGGUGCAGCUCGUGAAAGCGACCUGACCCCGAGCUGCAGAGUGGGAGCACGGGCGGACGCGGGGGCAGAGGCUGCGCCCGGGGAGCUGAUGCUGGUGAUGGUGGUUAUCAGUGCCCCUAGCUUGCUGCACGAGGAUCAGUGCCCCUAGCCUGCUGCACGAGGAUCAGUGCCCCUAGCCUGCUGCACGAGGAUCAGUGCCCCUAGCCUGCUGCACGAGGCAGCUCCUGCUCCACACACGGACCCUCAACACCAGCUCCUCGGCGCCUGCCCAGGUCCAUAGAGCUGGGGGCCGCUGACUGCCUGCGGGAAAGGAGCAGAGAGGUGCCCGGCUCCAUGGCAUGACUGGGGACUGGCCCAGGCAGGAGGGGGCCAGAGAGAGAUGCAGAGCCAGCGUGUGGUGAGAAGGCCCCAGCUGCUUCUCUCUCUGGGCUGGGUGCCUCUCAGGAUGCACCCUGCUGAGCCGGGGGGAGUGAGCGGGGCGCAGGCCCAGCGUGGGGCGUGUGCUUUUGCAGGCAGCUGGCCUGGUGCAGGUGGGCAUGGCAGGAGUGUCUGCCCCCCUGGGCUGCCCAGCCCUGGAGCAGGCGUCCCCAUUUGUUCCGAGAGUCACGUACCUGCAGUCCUGCCGCUGGGGGGAACCUGGCCCUAUGAACCCUGAGGCCCAAAGGGCAGUGGGUGCUAGGUGCCCAGUUUCAAUGCCACACGCCUUGGAGCCUACCCCUCCGGGGUGUCCCAACAGAGGCCCUGCCUGGGCAGCGGGGAGAGGGCACUGGGGUGCAGCUGCAGGGGUGCUUGGAGGCGGGUGCCUGCGGGCUCUACCCACAUCCCUCCCUUACCCUGCUGUCUCUCUCACCCAGGGGCACUUGCCAGGCCAUAGCCCAGUGCGGAGGCCCCGGUGCCCCACCUGCUCUGCCAGGCCAUGCUGCAAAGCCAGAUGGUAGCAACUGAAGUAGGUGUCAAAUCAUGUGACUUUCCCGGCCAAUCAGCCUGCAGGAUACCCUGGCCUGCCCCUACCCAGGUAAUGGGUGUGUCCCAUGUACACGAGGACCCACCCUGGCCCUUGGGCACCAGCUCUGCCCCCGGAGGGGGGGGGAGCCAUGCGCUCCCAGGGGGAGCAGGGCAGCCCAGGGAGAGCCCAUCACAUUCCUGCCUCUCCAGCCAAUCAGCACACAGGGCUCACUCACUGGCUGAAGUACACCUUUUCAGACAAUCAGUGUACAGGAUUCCCGGGCAGCUGAUUGGCCAAUGAGGAAGCACUUGAUCCCCACAGAAUAGUCCCGAUUGGC